AUGAUCAAGACAGUUCUUAUUACUGGUGCUACUACUGGAAUUGGUAAGGCAACUGCUGUUGCAUUUGCAAAGAAGGGGUUCAAUCUGGUUGUAACUGGAAGAAAGAUUGAAAAGGAGCAAGAAUUGGUUGAGCAAGUUAAGAAAGCAGGUGCUAAUGAUGUUUCUUUCUUUCAACUCGAUGUCGCUCAAGAAACUGCUUUCGAACAAGUUGUUAAGAAAGUUGUGGAAAAGUAUGGAAAGUUGGACGUGCUUGUUAAUAAUGCAGGCAUCUCCAUUAGCAUUGAUUUGUUGGCCGACUCCAAAACUGAAGAUUUCAAGCAAAUGAUUGAUACAAAUGUUUUGGGAGUUUACUAUGGAAUGAAAUAUGCCAUUCAAGCCAUGUUGCAAACUGAAACCAAAGGAGCAAUAGUCAAUCUUGCCUCCAUUGCAGGACACAAUGGUUUGCUCUAUACUUCACAAUACUGUGCCACUAAACAUGCAGUGGUUGGAUUGACAAAGGGAGCUGCAACUGAUUAUGCCACUAAGGGAAUUGCACCAGGAGCAAUUAAGACUGAAAUUUUACAAAAUGCAAUUGAUUGUGGUGCCUAUUCUGAGGAGGGCAUUGCUGCCAUGCAUCCAAUGAAUAGAAUGGGAACAGUUGAGGAUAUUGCUAAUGGAAUUGUCUUUUUGGCAAGUGAUGACUGUUUGUUCAUGACUGGAACUACCUUAUUCGUUGAUGGAGGAUACAAUUGCAAAUAA